CCAACUCUCGAAGCUUCUUGUUUUCUCUUCGCAUCAGGAAACGGAACCCCCCCCCCCCCUUCCUCUCCGUUGUUCGCAUCGCGUCUAGGGUUUAAGGGAAAGUGCGAUGUCGGCACCGUGGUGGGAUUCCGACUGGAAGGACCGCUCUGGGCCUGAGUACCGCGUCCAUGUUGGCAACCUCGCCUGGGGCACCGACGAGCGCUCUCUCAAGGACGCCUUCGCCGACCACGGUCCUAUCGGCGCCGAGAUCGUCUACGACCAGGAGAUGGACAGGUCCCGUGGGUUCGGUUUCGUCAACUUCAACGACCACAAGUCCAUGAGUGACGCCAUCCAGCGCAUGAACGGUCAGGAGCUUGAUGGCCGCAGCAUCACCGUCAACCAGGCCAAUCACCGUGCCCGCAAAUGGAGGGCAUGAACAACUGCUAGGAGGUCACCCACCAGCUUAUGAACUUACUGUGUCGUUUAAGUUAAGUCUCGUGUGGUAGUUCAGUUUAUGGUCGUCAAAUGGAACCUAUCAAGUCUCGUGUAGUAGUAAAGUUUAUGCUCGCCAAAUGAAACCUAUCAAGUGCCGUGUGGUUGUUCAGUUUAUGGUCAUCAUAUUGAAACUACCGACUGUGUGUUGCACAUUGUCCGGCUAUGACUUGUGAUUGUUGAACGUCUAGUAUCGUUUAAUCAGCUGCAGUGUUGAAAUGGAAAUGUUGCUUCGCUUUGUUGUU